AUGACCCAAAUUUGCACCCGGCGACAAUCAUAUACCCAUCCGCCCUUCCAUCCACUCACAAGGUCCUAUACAGCUCCAUCUACGCGUGGCGUACCGGAUCCAAAUCUAUCCGAUCCGGGUCCCCUCCCGACACCACACAACACACGAUCGACGACGCAGAGAGCCGACCCCUUGAGCAAAAUGUCCGAUAACGAGGUGACCGACCCCCAACUCGCCGCUGACCUCAAGAAGCGCCGCAGCUUCCGCACGUUCUCGUACCGCGGCGUCGAGCUCGAGAAGCUCCUUGACCUGAGCAAUGAGGACUUUGUCGAGCUCGUCCAUGCCCGUGCCCGACGCCGGUUCCAACGCGGUCUCAAGCGCCGUCCGAUGGGCCUCAUCAAGAAGCUCCGUAAAGCCAAGAAGGAGGCUCCUCCCAACGAAAAGCCCGCAAUGAUUGGCUCCGUUGUCGGCAUUUACAACGGCAAGGUCUUCAACUCUGUGGAGAUCAAGCCCGAGAUGACUGGCCACUACCUUGCCGAGUUCUCGAUCUCGUACAAGCCCGUCAAGCACGGUCGUCCGGGUAUCGGUGCGACUCACUCUUCCCGAUUCAUCCCUCUCAAGUAA